GCCGGGGGUGAAUGAGAUUGAAGAAGAGUUCUUGUUUUGUAUCUCAGUUUCUCUCUUUUUUUUUAGACAAAAUAAUAAUAAAAAAAAAAAAAAAAAAAAAAAUCAAAUAAAACAAAAAAUGCAGUUAUAACUCAAUGGAGGCGAUUUAAACCUUGUCUGCUAGAAUUUUCUAUCCGCGUAAGGAUACGGUAGAUAGAGACUAGAGUGUUUGUAAAUAUUUAUUUAAAUAAUUUGUGUGUGAGGAGAGAAGCUGCUGACUGUGUGCAGAGUGAAAGAGGAGGGGGGGCUGGUGUGAGAAGAGACCAGUUUCUGCAGCCAGGUGGCCAAAAGCUCCCCAGGACUGAGAUACAGAGAGAAGUGAUUAAUGAUGGAGCUUCAGACUUUACAGGAGGCACUGAAAGUGGAAAUACAAGUCCAUCAGAAACUAGUUGCCCAGAUGAAGCAGGAUCCACAGAACGCAGAUUUGAAAAAGCAGCUGCACGAGCUCCAAGCCAAGAUUACUGCUAUGAGUGAGAAACAGAAAAAAGUGGUGGAGCAGUUGAGAAAGGACUUAAUGGUGAAGCAGGAGCAGCCUGAAGUCAAACUUCUUCAAACUCAGUCCGAAAAUAAACUUUCAUCACAGGUGCAGCAACAGUCGGAGAAUAAAGCUUUGACGCAACCAUCACAACAGUCACAAACCCUUCCACCACAGAACCUGACUGCUCAGCAGAAGACGGUGACUGUGAGUCCUGUCAUUGCCACGAAGACUCUACCUCUAAUGCUAAAAGCUGCCACCACAACCAUGUCUGCUUCCGUUGUGGCACAAAGGCCCACUGUUGCUAUGGUAACCGCCAUCAGUAGCACACAGAAAACAACCGUGAACUCCGACUCUCAAAAUUCACCAAUCAGUCUUCAGACAUCCGGCAAAAUGACCGGUCAGGGAGCAGACACGCUACGGAUAGUGGCGAAAAAUGCAGUCACUUUAGUGCGACCCAAACCCACCACGCCCAACAAUGUUCCCAUCGCGCCAGCUCCACCGCCCAUGUUAGCGGCUCCUCAGCUCCUUCAGCGGCCUGUGAUGCUAACCACAAAACUAACCACUACGUCUCUGCCUUCGGCCACGGGCUCCAUUCACCAGGUACGGAUAUUGAACGGCCAGCCCUGUGCCACCAUCGCGAAAACACUUCCAACUGGCCAGCUGACUGGCAUUGUUAUCACGACACCCGGGACCAGGAUAGCAGGGCCACAGACUCUCCAGCUCAGCAAAGCCAACAUUGAAACGAAGACUGUUAAAACUCAGGGUGGGACAGAAGAGAAGCAAUCUCUGAGCAUGCCUUCGACUCCCCCGCCUGCCCCCAAGCCCAAACGCGAGGAGAACCCACAGAAACUUGCCUUCAUGGUAUCACUAGGUUUGGUGACACAUGAUCAUCUUGAAGAAAUCCAGAGCAGGAGACAAGAGCGUAAACGAAGGACCACUGCUAACCCAGUGUACAGUGGAGCAGUGUUUGAGCCCGAGAGGAAGAAAAGUGCUGUAACUUACCUGAACAGCCCAAUGCAUCCUGGGACAAGGAAGAGAGGUCGUCCUCCUAAAUACAACACAGUGUUGGAGUUGGGGUCCCUUACCCCCACCUCCCCUCCUUGCAGUCAGCUUGCCUCCCCUGGCCCGGAAAAGACAGGGAUUGGGGGCUUUCAUUUCCCAACACCGGCCCAGUCAUUACCUCUGCCUAGCCCCAGCUCUGGGGAUGGAGACAUCCACGAGGAUUUCUGUACUGUGUGCAGGCGCAGUGGGCAGUUGCUCAUGUGUGACACGUGUUCACGCGUGUACCAUCUGGACUGCCUGGACCCACCAUUGAAAACCAUUCCUAAAGGCAUGUGGAUUUGUCCCAAAUGUCAAGACCAGAUUUUGAAGAAAGAAGAAGCAAUCCCGUGGCCUGGAACACUGGCUAUUGUUCAUUCCUAUAUUGCAUAUAAAGCAGCAAAAGAGGAGGAGAAGCAGAAACUGGUGAAGUGGAGUGCAGAGUUGAAACAGGAACGGGAACAGCUGGAACAGCGAGUCAAACAGCUGAGUAACUCGAUAACAAAAUGCAUGGAGAACAAGAACACGAUUUUAGCAAGACAAAAAGACAUGCAGUCUUCAUUGGAAAAGGUGAAGCGACUCGUCCGCCUCAUUCAAGGCAUCGACCUUGUGAAAUCCAUUGACACGAACGCAGAGGGCAUCUCUAAUGGUACAGACUGUGUCAACAACAACAACAACAGCGGCAGCAGCAACAACAAAACCUCAGAACCCUCUCCGCCCCCUGCAGUGAACUGUAACAGCUCUGAAGACAUGAAAUAACCCCACAGUAAUACAAAGGAGCCAGAUCCUUGCUGAACGCUCAGAGUACCCACUCGCACCCGGAGGUGCCCAAGUUGCCAAUCUAUAUAUAAUUUCUGUUGUUGUGAAAUAUUGGACUGUGUUAACGGCAGAUUCCCAUCCAGAGUGCCAGCUUCAAGGGGGAAGGGGAUGGGGAGGGGGGCUUUUGUACCAGCAUCAUGCCAAUUUAAAAAUACAUCACACCAGUGUGUGCCUGCAACAGUCGCCAAGACCUCCUUCUGGGGAUUGUUCUUAGGUUCUCUUAGUCUUCAUUUCUAGCUAGGGGGAGUAAGGUCAAAAUGUCCAAAGACUCUUAUUUGCCCUAGGGUUCUGCUCGAGAGUACGUUUGGACUGAUAUUUAAUAUUAAACCAGAACAAAUCGUGCAGAUGUGAGAGAAAAAAAACAGAAGGGGUUUAAUAUGUUGAACACAGUAUUUAUUUGAAGAUGAGGAGAUAACAGAAGUAUUGCGGCAUUUUUGAUAACCAAGAUACUUUGGGCAUUGAUGGAUCGCUACAUAAGAAACCAUGGGUUGGGUAGAUAACCCUUCCCCAGAAACACUGUGGUACUGUACAGUGUAGGGCCCCCCCUAGAUAUCGCCACCACAAAUUGACGAACGUCCAAAGUCACCACUGUUGUUGGUGAAGCAUCCAAAAGCAGCACAUGGUACUGUUUCAAAUUGCUGCUGUUUUUUUUGCUUUUUUUAAUAAUUAAAAAAAAAAAAAAAAAAAAAAAAAAAGUAAGAAAGUGCAUUUAUUUACAGGUUGGCCAGUGUGACAAAGGAGUAACACCGGAACAUGCAUGGUAAUUUAUAGGAAAUAGUGUCAGUCCUAUGUAGUGAGUUUUGUGAGUCAGUGUCAACAAAGCAAAAACGCAAUCUCAAAAAUUAUUUAUUUCUGGGGAUUUUUUUUUAAUAGAAAAAAAAAAAUAUUCAGGUCUUCCUAGUGUUAUUUAAAAAUAAUAAUAAAAAAAAAAGAUCAAGAAAAAAAAGUGCUUUUCUGUUUCCAAAAACAGCAAUUUCUAUUAAAAGGGUGUUAGAACUGGAGUUGUUUCUGUACAUAGUUUUGUUUUUUUAAAAGAAAAUGUUCUUUGUAUAUAAAAUACACUUGAUGUCGUCUGUUAAAUUCUGAACUGCCAAAUGCUAUUAUAUCCAAAUCCAGCAGGGAAUUGUCUUGUAAUAUCAUUUUAAAUUUAAAAAAAGGAAAGAUGCAAUUAGGAGCCCCUGGCAACAAAUCAGUAAGCUUGUUGCACCAAGCUAGACUUUUGUAAAUUGUUAAUAAUCAUUGAUCCUUUAAAAGUGUUGCAGCAUAAUGUUUUUAUAAUAAUGAACUGGAAUGUCUUAAGGGUUAAAGAUGUUGGACUUCCUUUUUACAAAGAAGCAAAGAGAGGAACUAGUAAAACCAUCGGACCCUAAAGAGCCCAAGCCUGUUGUAAAGAAACCCUCUUUUAAAAGAAAAGAAUAAAAAAAGGAGAGCUUUUUUUUUUUUAAUAUGCAUUUUGUUUUAAAAAGAUCAUUGGGGAAAGGUUCAUUUUUAAAGGUGGCCUGAGCAAUGUUUUGAAAUGUUCAUUUCUGUCAUUUUAAAAUGUCACAGAGUAGCAUGUCAGUAGAGUUCUGUGGUUUGCAUACUGUUGUGACUUGAGGAGGAGGAGGAGACUUUGUUGCUAAACUCACAGAUUCACUAUCAAGCCGCUGCAUGUAAACCUGUUGGGUUUAUUUUGCUGCAGUCCAGAUUCUGAAAUAUAGAUUAAGUAUCUCACAUGGACUUCUAGAUUCCUAUGAAUUCUUAAGAGUUAUGUUUAUGGAGAUAUUUAUGCAGGGUACUUGGUUUAAUUAUGCUGCACCUCAUAUAUGUUCGUGAUUCAUUGCUAAAGAAAAAGAAACUUAAAAUACCUGCAAGAAAGAAAAGGUGAUGCAAUUUGUUUUAAAUAUAAAAAUAAUGAUGACAAUAUUGAUACAAAACAUAAUUUAAAUGCAAGGUGUAGGUUUCUUUAAACUGUUAGCAGACCAGUGGGGUCGCAGGAACUGUUUUCUCGAUUCUCCAAAUGAUAAAGCAGACAGCUCGAGUUUGUAUCAUUGAAAAGGGGUGCUGCACAAAAAAAAAAAACAUACAAAGUUUUCAGAUGCUGUAAAUACCUCUAGUGUUUUAAAGUGACGUGUUAAUUGGUUUAUUGACACAUGACAUAUCAAGUUUAUAUCAAAAGCAAUUACAUAUCCUAAGCACAUGCACCAGUUCAAGGCCAGCUGGGUUUUAAACAAAUAAAAAAGAAGUUCCUAAGAGGAGUGAGAAAAGUAUCCAAGACAAUAAUCCCUGGGAAUAUGGACAUGCUCUUUGACCAGGUCUAUCUGACGUGUGCUUCGUCAUCCAUACUUUGCACAUGAUUUACUUGAGUUUUUAGGUUUUCCUUAUCAGAACUUGCUAUCAAGAUUGGCACCUUUUUUAAAUCGUUUUUUAACAUAUUGUUAAAAAAAUGUAUAUAUUGGUAAUUGAAGUGAAGCUGACAAAAAAAAAAAAAAAAAAAAAAAAUGAACAAAACAUAGAGGAAUAUGUUUGUUUUUAUUGGGCCCCUGUGAAGUUUUGAUCGUAUUGUUGAGACCUCUUAGAAAAGUAGAUCCAAAGUUCUUCUGUAUUACCAAUGGCAGACUGACACAACUAUUUAUAACGUAGUAUUUUUUACAUUUGUGUUAUGUAAAUACAUACUUUACAUAUCUGGUACUCAUGCCUUUUUUUGCCUAAUAAACUCUUGCAAAUAAUAAAAAAAAAAAAAAA